CGUGAAGAGCUAGAGAACAAGCUUGAAGCAAAAGACAAAAGCAUUCAGAAAAGAAUACCACGUUCGGUACCAAAAGGAAAGGAAAAGAACUAUAAGUAUAUGAUUUAUACUGAAGAGAUGGAAAAUGAAGAAGAUAAAGAUAUGGUUAUGUUGCAUUUAGUCAGAAGAAACAACAAAAGCUUUUACGACCUUGCUAAGAUUUACAAAUCUGACAGAAAUUGGUUCUAUCGCGAAAACUUACCGAUUUCAAUGACACCGAAUGAAGAUGUGAAACAAAUAGUUCAAGAUACGUUACCUCAAACACACUAUGAUAUUAAAGGUUGUACAAUACUUACCUUCAAAGAAGAUUUGCCAUUGUUAAAGGAAAAAAUAACAGAGUAUUUUGACAACUUCAAACAAGUAGAGUAA